AUGGAACUGCAGCUUCGCCAAUUGCAGGACGAGUUGCACCAGGAGCAUGAUAAACAGACCGCGACAGAGGAAGAGAUCGGUCGCUUGAAGAGGGAACAGUUUGAAGACAAGCGAAACCUUGAGAUAUCUGAAGCCGGGAGAAAAGCAGGCGUCGCUGAAGGACAAAGGUUGCAGGGUCAGGUCAUGGAACUGGAAGCGAAAUUGACAGCUACCCAGCAGAGCAAGGAGAGGUUGGAUCAAGCGAGCAAACUGUUGGAAGAAAAAGCUGCUGAAGUCACCAAACUGAAGCAGUGCCUCAAGGAGUUUGAGACCCUAAAGGAGGAUCUUAUCGCACAACGACAACAGAUCCGCGACAAGGACUUGGAGAUUCAAGCCUUUACGGACCAAGUACAACAAUUGAAACAGACUUCGGCACAGCUUGAGGAACAGAUACAAGAGCAACACAAAUUGGCGGAGGAGAAGAGCAUGCUGGAGAAAGAGAUCGCCUCGGCGCGACAGGAACUCAACGAGAUGGCGGAUAUGAAGAAUGACCUCCACCAACGGGAUGCGACCAUCUCUGAAUUAGGAUCGAUGCUCACCCUCGCUCAGAAAGCGGCGGCUGAGGGGAAUGAACUCCGAGGCCAAUGCACUUCGUUGACGGACAGGGUUCUUGCCCUUACAGCAGACCUUGAGGGCUCUCGAAAAGAGAAUGAACAAGUCGUGUCUCUUGGGAAAACCCUGCAAGCUAGGGAGGAGGAAAUCGUGCAACUGAAACAGAGGCUUGACCUUUCCGAGGCACAAUCCAGCGAGCUUUCCGGUGUCAAAGAAACGCUACAGCACAAAGAGGAGGAUAUUGCAAACCUUCAGCAGCAGAUCCUGAACCUCGAGGGUGCAGUGUCCAACGCUCGACUUGAUCAGCAGAUGAGUCUGAUCGAAAUCCCGCGAAGAGUCGCAGAUCGAGCUGGCAGCGGCAAUGGCACUUCCAACAAUGGUCUACUUCAGGCGUCUGCCGCCGGAGUAGCGCAUGCAUUAGGCUCCAGUGAUCAAGCCGCUCAUGUUGUACUGCCACAUCAACUGACCGGUGUUUCUGUGAUCGUGCCAGAAACCCAGUUGGAUGCUCACCCAGAUUGUGGAGGUGCCAAGAUCGAUGCUGCAGCGCAGCGGUCGCCAUCCCAAGAAGACUCCACGUCGGAACUGAGUGAGUAUACGAGCAACGUGUCCGACCUUGAACAUAGCGCCAACAAUGUUGUCCGGAAGAAACCAAAGACAAGCCACGUCCAUAAGCCAUUACAGACGCCGCGGCAACGGGACGGUGAGCCUCCAGCCCAUCCCCAAAUCACGGGGCGAACUCCUUCCAGCUCCUAUGGGUCUUUGAACGACCAGAUGUUGCUGGACCAGGUCACGCACAGGGAAUCUCAAGCAGGUGACUUUCAAAGCCAUCUGUCUGAGUCUGAGGAAGACCAGAAUGGAGACAAUGGUGCUAACAGCGACCAGCACCAUAGUGUGCUCUGGGGUCGGACUCUGUCGAAGUCGGGCCGAAGUCCGAAGGGAUUGAGAAGUGGUCCUCAGACACGGACGCGGGAUUCGACGCCGUUUCCAGAUCCCACUCCAGAACUCCGUCCCCACCGAGAAUCCACCCCUGCAGUCAUGCGAGAACGGUACCAGCCGAAUUCUGCAGCCAAACGACGGGUGGAGCACGACGAUGAAAGGGAUGUACAUCAGGAGCAGUCAAGACGACUCAAACGCAGACCAGCCAAUCUGGAAAUAAGACCUCCGCGUGCUUCAACGCCAAAGUCUCAAGGAGGGGACCAAGCUGCCUCGAGAGUGACUCUCAGUUUUCGGAAGAGCAGUAGUGUCAUAGGUACGAAUGCUCCAGCGCCAGGAAAGAGCCAACGAACAUCCAACCCAGCUAGGAGAGGCUCCCGGCAGGACAAAUAUAGCAACAGAUUCGCGGCAUAG